GAGCCGGACCGACAUGAAAGGCGUGCUACGCGAUUGAGCCGCAAAAAAAAAAAAAAAAGAAAAUGAAUGGAAGCUGCUGGUCGUGAUGCAGCGGGGUUGGUUGGACUCGUAUUUGAAGUAGUUUGAAGAAUGGAGUGCGACAUUUUGGACUCGUUGGAGCAGCUCGGCUAUGGCGGCCCUCUGCUGGAGGAGAAAGCUCUGCUCACGGCUGCAGAGGGAGGUCUGUCCUCUGCUGAGUUUGUGGACCUGUGCAGGUGGCUGGCCUCCAAGUUAAAGCCUCUAUGUGGUCUGGAGGAGAGCAUUACUUCCGACCCAGGCGACUUGGACAGCCUUCAGUUGGAGAUGAGUGGUUUGCUGAAGGAGCUGCACUGUCCUCAUGAAGAUGUCGUCUCGGGGAUUCUCAAAGGCAGUGUGCCAGUCGCCAAAGAUCACCUCAAGUGUGUCUUGUUUCUGAGCUCUGAGCUCCAGGCGGCUCGGAUCGUGAGCAGCAGAGGAGCCUCUGAUGAACGCCGAGGAGAGGGUCCGGCGUGUCGGGAGCUCCGGUCAAUCUGUGAGAACCUGAAGCUGCCGGAGCCCGGAGGACGAGACGCAGCAGACGUUUUAUCCUGUGUGUUCGUUUAGGUUGACAAACUAGUCACAGAUCUUCCUAAUGGCACCGUUGGAAACCCGGUACUGAAGAAAACUCUGUCCAGUGAACAAUGGGAGAAGUUGCAGAGUAUAAACUCUGUUCUGUGUUCAGAGUACGAGUGUCGGCGCAGGAUGUUGAUUAAACGUCUGGAUGUCACGGUUCAGUCUUUUGGGUGGUCAGACAGAGCAAAGGUAAAGGUGGACAGCAUGGCGAGGGCCUACCAGCCGAAGAGACACUCUCUGAGGCCACAGCCCGGCGUGGACAUGGCCGAGCUGCUGGCUGCCAGAGAGGACAUCUGCAACGUGGUGAAGACCAGCAGCGGCUCCAGCAGGGAGAACACGACAUGUGCCGUCAACAAGAUCCUGAUGGGGAGAGUCCCAGACCGAGGAGGGCGUCCGUCAGAGAUCUCAGCCCCAGCUCCAGAGAUGCCUCCAUGGCAAAAAAGACAAGAGGGAGGAGGUGGCUGGGGAGGCCGAGGGGGUGGAAGAGGAGGAAGAGGAGGAGGUGGUGGUGGUUGGAGAGGAGGAGGAGGUGGAUGGAACCAAGGAGGACACAGUGGACAAGGAAGCUAUGGAGGACAUGGUGGACAUGGAGGAAAGAGAGGACGGUACCAGUAUUAAUUUCUGCUGAUGUGCUUCGAUGUCUGGACAUUUUUUUUUUUUAAAGUGAUCGCGAUCGCUUCACAUGAACUCGAUGAAAGAAGGAAACACAGUUUGAUGUAAUGAUGGAGAACAAUCCUUCUCUUUGUUUUUCAACUUUUAGUAGUUUUUCAUUUUUCAUUAUUAAUAUUCUCAGUGAUUUAAAAAAAAGCGAGUGCGUUUUUGUACUAAAUCAUUUAACAUGUGCACUGGGACAGCUCUGAAACUGUCUCAAAUCCAAACUCCAUACAAUGAGGAGUUAACACUAGGGUAGUCAUGAUAGCAGAAUUCUAAACUUUGAUAUACGAUACUAAUAAAAAUCAGACGCUAUUGAUAUCUGUUUUGAUACCACAGCAAUGACAUUAGAAGUCCUUGGCGCCCAUUAUUGGGUUAUUGUUUGUUUUUAAUGAUCAAAUAUUACAGGGACACUCCUGCACCGAUACACACACAUCCUGGCAACCUUUCAGUACGAGGACGUUGCCAUUUCCUCUGCUCUCUUUCCGUUUGUAAGAAUAAUCAGUGUUAUUUUUUGCAUCGUCAUGAGACGCCCAGAAACUUUUGAGUUAAAGAAAUGACUGAGGAUCUGAAAAAAAAAAAUUGUUUUGUCCUAAAACAUGCGGUAUUGAAAAUGUUGACACCACUCGUUACUUAACAUUGUAAAAGUGUCAAUGAAGGAACGUUUAAACAGGUUGGUAUACAUGUAUUUAAAAAAUUACCUUUUCAAGCUUCCACACUGCGAUGCAGAAUGGGGUCAAAAAAUAUCACAACAGGAACAUGUGAUUCAAACCAACAUGUUCCUUUAGCGCCUCCUCUCUUUAUUUAAAUGCUGUUUUGAAAUACAAAUCUUCAAAGGUUGCAGCCUCUGUUUAAACAUUAUCAGUGUUUUGAUUUAAUUGUGUGUUUGUGUGUGUGUAGUAUGGAACUAGAACACAGACUGUAUAUUUGGACAAAGUGUGGACACCCUGAGCUGAUUCUUGAACAAGUAAAGGGACAAAGACAUUAACAGCUUCUCUUAACAGCU